GUUUUUGUUAGGGCACCAAAACCGGCUCUACCCAAGUGUCCCUUGUCCUUUUAAAUCCGGCCCUGCGGCUACACCAGGCAAAAAAAUACCCACGUUUUUACCGACAACGCCACGCAGAAGGAGGGGAAACCGGGAUGGGGACAUUCUAACUCUGCCUUUUGUAAGUCCACCCUCUCCUUAAGUCGGAGACCACCUCCUAAAACCCACCACAGAGGUGCAGCAUCCCUCCCCCCGCACCCCCACCCCAAAAAUAAAACCUUCUCAGCUCCUCCAGUCUGGGGCCCCUGCAAGACACGGUGAGCACUUAGGACUAAUACACCAACCACAACAAAAAGGACAUCACGCAACUUCCAGCAGGUAAAAACAAAAAUGUUGCUGCGGACUUCUGGGAGGCGGGCGACCUGCUCGGACAUCGGCACUUCUUCCACCCGGCUGCGCCCCACCACGCAGGUGCUAACAUGCGCGCUGCUGACCCUCAUCACUCUCCCCAUCAGCGGCACCGAGCUGCAGCCUUACUCCUGCCCGGUCAGGGGCAACUGCUCCGAGUGGAGAGCUCACACGAUCUGCUGCAGUGACAUUGAUAUUCUCCCGAGGUUCCCAGCAAGCACAGAAACACUAUUGCUUUCUGAUACCAAACUCUCGUCUAUUCCAGCGAAUUCUUUUGCCAGCGUGGUCAACAUCUCAGGGAUAUACAUCUACGUGGAUAAGAAGCUGCAGCGCCUGGAGAGGCACUCGUUUUACAACCUGAGGAAAAUCACCCACAUAGAGAUUCGGAACACAAAAAUGUUGACGUAUGUCGAUCCAGAAGCCUUUAAGCAUCUCCCGAACCUCAAGUACCUGGGGAUUUUGAAUACUGGCCUGACUUUCUUCCCUGCUUUAAACAACAUCCACUCAAACGACAUGAACUUCAUACUGGAAAUUGUUAAUCAUCCCUCCAUUACCGAGAUCCCGGCCAACUCAUUCCAGGGCAUCACGAGCGAGUUUCUGACAGUAAUGCUGUAUGGAAAUGGCUUCAGAGAGAUACGACAUCACGCCUUUAACGGGACAAAGCUGGAUCAAGU